AUGGAGGGCUUCGACACCAUGGCCAUGCCAUAUUUGGCCAGUCCGCUGUCCCUCAGCAAUCUUCAAGGCGAUUACCUCAAUUCCAUGCCGGGAAUGGAUCUGCCUGACCAGCGCUCCAAUUUUGACACCGAGACCUUUGUCAGUGAUGACAUGACCUUUGCUCAAAGUGGCCUUCCCACGUCUUUGAAGAGGUUCUCGUCAAGUUACGAAGACCCGUUCACUGACAUGGUCACGCCAUUUGAGCCCGUCCCCCCCGAGCAGCCCGCGGACUCCUCCAUCGACCAUAAUAAUAAACUGCUGAGCUUUUCCAUCCCGGUCUACAACUUCACCCUGCUCGACUACUCCCUUCGGCGAGCCACCCUCUCGCUGUCCGCGCAGCUCCACGGCAUGUUCUUUCUCGCCGAGUCGCCCUGGACCACCUCCCCCUCCGAGAAUGCGCCCCCACAACAAGGCGCCGAAUUAACCUGCUAUCGUCGCAACCUGUUCCAGAUCACCGGCUCAGUCACCCUGCCGCGGAGUCUGCGCUACAUCAUGACGGAACAAGGCGAUCGCAUCCCCAUCCUGGCGCAAGAACUCACCGUCUCCGCCACCGAGUCCGUCGAAGGCAAUUCCGUCAAGAUCAUCUCCGUGCCCUGGAAAACGCCCGCGGCGAACGGGAACCCUCCCACCGAAGACGGAGCCAACUCCGCCACAAACCCCAACGGGAACAACAACCCGAAGAUCGAGAAGGAGCCUCCGCCGAUUCCCUUGGACAUCAUGGCCGGCCAGGAUCUGGACACGGAUUAUGCGACCUUUCCGAUCGCAUGGAAGCGACUCCAGUUCCGCGUCGCGACCGCCAACAACGGCCGUCGAAAAGAGCUCCAGCAACACUUUGUCGUGCGCCUCAAGGUGGUCGCCACUCUGUCGACCGGCGCGAAAAUCCCCAUCUGCGAAGUCCAGUCGGGUCCGAUCAUCGUCCGUGGCCGGAGUCCACGAAACUUCCAGUCGCGCAAGGACCUCCCGUUGAGCGGCAGUGCCGCGGCGUCGAGGAAGAAUGCACAGGCCCACGCCAUCAACCGCGCCGCCAACGGCGAAUCGACGCCGCGUCUCACCCAGACGCCCGCCAAAGCCAAGGCGGGCGUCCUGCAACGACCGUCGCCCGACUGGUCCCAGCUGCCCCCGACGGGAGGAAACGCCUUGCCAUCCACCGCGUUGCCUCAUUCUUCCAUCUAUUCGCAGUCGAGCCCGGAGUUCUCGCGCUCUGCCGAACACCAACGGCAUCCGAGCACGGUCGCCGCGCCAAUUAAUCUGUCGCUCUUGGACGAAGAAGAAGGGGGCGAUGCGGUCAAUCAUCUGCAUGAUCUCGCGCGGCCGAAUUCUGCGUUUCCCCCUGAUGCAUUACACAAGAAUCUCCAUGUGGAUAGCUCUGCACCACCGGCGAAGAUGCGCAAACUAUCUCAUGUCUCGCAGCCGCCGGCGCGAAAUCCGUCGACAUCGCUGCCGUUGCUCAGCACGCCAAAUCUGCAGCAGCCAUUCGCCUCGACGCUCCCGUUCCCCAACGAAAGUGCUGAUCUGCUGUAUGAGUACUUUCCCCUAGGCUUGGACGACUGGCAGGCCCCGGUCGAUGCGGUGUACCGGCCUCAUGUCGUCCAUCACACCAACAUGCCCGAGAUGAAGCUUGUCGUCCUAGAGAUACCCCAACCCAUCUCCCGAAAUACUCUCCAAAUCCGCCUUGAUCUCCCACUCGUCCGCCCCCACCCGACUCGCAAUCUCCACCCGCCGCUGCUUGCUCAGAUCCAACCACUGCGCCAGCAGGUUCCCAUCCAGCAUGCCCCGCCCCGCACUGCCGUCGCUCUCGACGGCCCGGAACGCGCGCGGGUUCAGCCCGCACGCAUGCUCCAGCGUGUUGGUCAGCUGCGACUGCAGCGCCGACAGCCGCCGGUACACCUCCUCCGCGAUGCAGGUGACCAGCGCCACGGACCCGUUCUGCGAGGUGAUCAGCACGUUGUGGCGCGCCACGGACAGGGGGAUGGACGCACCCUCUGGGUCGUAUUGGAGGACGUGCAGGUUGCAGUCGCCGUCGGCGACGACGACAUACAGCUUUCUUCCGUCUGGGAGGAAGUCGGCCGCCAGGACGUCGAGGUAGUCGAGGUCCUUGGCGAAGAGGCUCAUUUUGUAUGGUUCUUCCUGCGCGCGGAGACUGGUUAG